AUGAAAACAUAUGAAAUAUUAAUAACAGUAGGGAAUAGUUUAUCAUUAUGCGGAGCAUGUGUAAUAUUUUUCUUAUUUUUUCAUUUUGAGAAAUUACGUCAAGGUUUUUUCUCUCAUAUAAUAAUUUAUAUAACUAUAGGAUCAUUGAUUCAAAUUAUAGGUAUACAAUUAUCAGCAAGUUUUGGAUUAUCAAUAUGUAAAUUAUCUGUAUGUAUAUUGAUUUAUGGUUCAUUGAUAAUGAUAUUUUGGAGUACAAUAAUGAUUUGGGCAUUAAAGUAGAGUUCGCAAUCUAUACUAGAAAAUUAUUUAAUGUAUAUUCUGAUAAAGGAACUCUAUAAUAAUUAGAAAACAUGCAUGAAUAAUUCAGAAAAAAUGAAUUGAAACUAUUACUAUGUUCAUUUGGGAUUCCAAUUAUUUUA